CAGCGUCUCAAAGAAGAAGUUCCUCAUAACGUAUAGACGUAGCGCUAAUCAGACCGGCGAAGAACGCGGAGGCAAAUGCCUUGAUUUACUGCGGAAAGCCAUGUGCUCUCUGAUAACGCGCCCGCGCUCUCAUAUAUGCACAGUCCGCCUCUUCCACUUGUCUGGAUCUGUCGCCCUCCAUGAUCGUGCUUGAUGAAGACAGACCGGAUGUCAAGGGUGCUCAGCCGCAACCGCACACUCGAAACGCGACGACAGACGGAUUAUCUGAGGACUCGCAGCUCGUUUCCGGUUCCGCACCUCCGCCGGCUUACUCUUCCACGGUCUAUGAUGCACCAUUACAAUACCCGCAAGAUGUUCCCGCCCAUCCCCGAUCACGACUCAUACGCGGAGAGAAUGCGAGGAAGAGAUUCCUUAGGGCGUUCGUAAUGGCGAUCUGCAUUUGGAUUUUGGUCUCGAUCCUCAUUCGGAGUUUCACUGUUAACGUAGAUUUACACCGCAAUAAGAACUCAAAUCAUAAACAAACUGGCGACGAAAACAGGAAGCCUGGUUCUGACAAGUCAGAUGGGAAAGACUCAGACUGGCGCAUACGAACCCCGCGAUGUACUCUUCCUAGUCAGUAUCCUUCUCGUGAUGGCGACUCUUCCCAGGAUGCACCAUACAGUGUCAAAAUCGGAUACAGCCUCUCAGUCUCUUCCAACUUUUCAUUCAUUGGCAACGACACGUAUUCUCACGGAUCGUUCAUCAUUGCUGCAUUCGAAGAGGAACCCAGUUCAUCAAAUGUCAAAGUUGAUAUUGUCGUAUCUUAUCAGAACCCUGAUGCAGUGCGUCACUCGAAGAUAUGCUUUACCGAGGAGGGAACGGACCGCACGAUUGCAAUUACGAGGACAAAUGAUGCUGAUGACCUACCGUCAAAUGCCAAUAUUCUCCGAUACAGUGUACAUGUCCGAUUUCCGGUACCACCACGAGAAGAGAGACCGUUGCAUAUUUCACGACUGACGGCGAAUUUCAUGCUAUUCGGUAUCGGCACAACUAAUCUGAAUGGGCUUGUGGAGUUUGAUGACAUUAACUUGAAAACCGAUUAUAAAAAUAUCGACGCUGAGUCUUUGACGGCGCACAGAGCCCGGUUAGAGACGUCUCAAGCCGCCAUCAAGGGCACCUAUACCACCUCAUCUUCUCUUGAGCUCCUGACGAAGAACGGUCCAAUCAAUGUCGACAUAAAUAUGCUUAAUCCGGGUACCAAUGCCAAUGCUACGACAAAAUCUGCAACGAAGCUCACCAUGCACACCUCAAACGCGGCUAUUAAAACGAACGUUAACGCCACUUCUUUGACCACAUCGUCGUCGGUCGCUGAUUCCAUUGGAGGGAACUUCACGAUCGACAGUGCAACCUCAUAUGCACCACUUAUCCUCAACCUACAUUCUCAGCCAAUUUCUUCUUUCCUUUCCCUCUCGGCACGUUCGUCCAGUGCGACCGCGGAAGUACACCUACCGCCGCAAUUUUCCGGGACGUUCAACGUAGCAACCAGCGUACUACGUCCCUCACUAGAGGUAUCCCCUAUACCAUCCGAUGAAGACCCAGCGCGUGCAGGGAGGUGGAGAGAAGUGGAGGUGACGAAGGAAGAGCAUUAUCGUCUGGCUGGAGAAGUGACGUGGGUUGAUAAGCGCGGGCGAAUGGAGCGAGGAGGUGGGCAUGUGGAUGUUGAGACGAGCAUACUUCCGGCGAUUUUGAGGCUUUGAAUGAUUCAUGACUCGAGGGGAUGUUGUUUGCGGUUAAAGACGUCUUCAGAUGUUUUCCAGUUUU